AUGAAGCUUCUUAUUAUCACCACCGUUCUGGCCUCUCUUCUUACCUCUACAAAUGCCACAGUUGUCAAGGCAUACAAAGGCUCCUCUUGCAAUGGGGAAUAUGUGGGCUCGGUGAGCGCCUGUGGAAGCACGGGGCUGUCACAGAACUACAAGGUCUUAAGCCUCAAACUCGACUUCCAAAAAGCAACAGCCUCUUUCUACAAGGAAAAACCCGAUAGGUACGGAAACUGCGUGGGCGUCCAUAUCUCCAGAAACACGGAUCAGUGUGUGACACUUCCUGGCACCAAGGGAAGUAAGCGAGCAAAUGGUUAUGGUCUGAUGGGCUAUGAACCGGCGUAUGGAAGCACCGAUCCACUCUAUGACUGCAACCCAUCCGUCGUGUCAGAAGGGUUCACGCGGUCCAAGAAGGGUCCUAUCAUGCCAGGAGAAACGGGUAUCAUCUCCGGAAACUGUGUAGUGGGUGUCUCCGCCGGCCAAACUCUCACGUAUGCUUCUCCGACAUCAGGCUCGAACUUCGGCACCUUUACGAACACGUUGACUGGCAGCUCGACAGUCGGUGCGAUUGCUAUCACAGGAUGGAAUGUCAACUAUGUUCGGAGUGUGGCGCCUUCAACUUCCAUGAACAAUAAUAUGUCCAACGCCACAGGCACGUCUUCAAUCGGGGAUUCUCCUGGGUCUACGCUUUCUACCAAUCGAUGUCGGGUAGAACAGUUCUUGGGUGCCCAAGAUAGCGUUGGGCAAGGAUUCCCUUGA